UCCCAACUGUUAGGUACUGACAGAGCAUUUGCUCAUCACGUGCAUGGUAACCAAUGCGGGUAACAGAAAAGACUGCGAGGUGAUGACGGUGAUGAUGAUGAUGGCGCGUGCCUGUCUCCGCCCUCGAGAGGAGCAGGUUACGUCAAACACGCUCCUCCAUACCCAUUUGCUGCUGUAAGCUUCCCAUCCUCAGGAUUGCGUGCAGGUCAGGUCUGCUUGGGAGAUCACACAGAACACUGUUCUCCUCCUCUCCUCUCAGAAUGGAGGCCCUGUUAAAUGAGUGGCUGUGGCAGGCGGGGUUCUGGCUUCCUGCUGGCGUCCACUGGCAGGACAUGGACGAUGGUCACUUUCCUCUACCCAGGGACCUUCUCUACACUUUGCCGCUCGCCGUCGCCUUUAUAGCCCUCAGAUAUGUCUUUGAGAGGCUUGUCGGUGUCCCAUUAAGCAAACAUUUAGGUGUGAAGGACCGGAUUCGGGUUCGACCCGCUUCCAUCCCAAAGCUGGAGGCCUUCUACAAACAGAACAGUCGUCAGCCGUCGCAGAUUGAGGUGUUGAGUUUGGGGAAGCAGUGUGGACUCUCCCAGAGAAAGAUCCAGACCUGGUUCAGACACAGAAGGAACCAGGACCGACCCAGCAACACCAAAAAGUUCUGCGAGGCCUCCUGGCGUUUUGUCUUCUACCUCGUAGCGUUCACUGCAGGGCUCGGCUCUUUAAUUAAUACGCCAUGGUUCUGGGACCACAGACACUGUUGGAGGGGUUAUCCCAAACAGCCGAUGGCCGAGCCUCAUUACUGGUAUUACAUCUUGGAAAUGGGUUUCUAUUUGUCGUUGCUUCUUUGUGUCUCUGUGGACGUCAAGCGAAAAGAUUUCAAAGAGCAGGUGAUUCAUCACAUUGCCACCUUGUUCCUCAUUGGUUUCUCCUACUGUGCCAACUUUGUGAGGGUUGGCACUCUUGUGAUGCUGUUGCAUGACUCUUCCGACUUCCUUCUGGAGUCUGCAAAGAUGUUUCACUAUGCUGGUUGGAGGAGGACGUGUGACUCUCUGUUUGUCAUCUUCGCUCUGGUCUUCCUCGUGACGAGGCUGGUGGUGUUUCCCAGCAGAGUACUCCACUCAACUCUGGUUGUUUCUCUAGAAUUCUUCAAGCCUUUCAAGGGUUAUUAUUUCUUCAAUUCAUUGCUGUUAGUUCUGCAAGCACUGCACAUCUUCUGGGCUUAUCUCAUCCUGCGCAUGGUCUACAAGUUCGUGUUCCUGGGCAAGGUGGAACGUGAUGAACGUAGUGAUGAAGAAAGUGAGGUGGAGGAUGAGGAGGAGGAGCCUGAGGAAGAUGGGGACGAGUGCAGCUGGGAACAAAGAAAGGGUGCAAUAAACUCCAAACUGGCAUCACUGGCCAACAACUGUGUCCUGAACAACCUGACCAACCAGAGGAAUAUAAACAGUAGGCUGCCCAAAGCCAGAUAGUGGAGCAGCGUCUUUCAACAUCUGCUAAACCUCACUGGAAAAAAAAAAUUCCUUCCCGCCCAUCAGAGAUCAACUAAUUUUUAACAUAUGAUACAUACAUAUGGCUUGUGUGCAUCCAACACGGUCCAUUGAUGAUUUCAGAUGAGGGUAAGUCUGCAUCCUACUUAUUUUGGGGGGGGGGGGGCGAAAAAGCACAGAUGAUUGUAAAUCCGCAUACCCAGAUUGAAGGGAGGAAGAAAUGCCAUCAUUGCACCCAUACCACUGCAUACUGUAAAGAUAUAUUUGGCAAAACAAGGAGACAGAGAAACUUCCUUUACAACAAAUCACUUAUCACAUAUGUUUUUUGCAUAUUUGUAUUAAUGCUGGUUCUUUUCAUUCUACUAUAAAUACGUUGUUUGUAAAUACAUAAGGAUACAUGUACCUAGGCUGUGCUUUAAUGUAUUUAUCCUUCCUUUGGUCAACAAGAACAUAACUAAAUGUUUUUCAGACAAACUCAAACUGUUCUAAUAUGUGCUGUAAUAUGUUUUAAACAGUGUAAGCUAAAGGUGAAAUUUAAUAGCAAUCCAAUCCUACAGCUUUGUAUGUACAUACACAAUAUGGUUGAUUGUACAUAGACUAUUGAAUAUAGUAUUGAAUUAUAUAUUGACAUUGAAUAUAGUAUAUCUGUUGAUAAACCACUUUAUAUAUCUAUUUUUAAAGAACCAUUUAGUACAUAAGUAAAGUAGUAAAUUCUGUGUUGUUGUAAUCUGUGGCACAAUACAAAAGGCAGGAGUCCAUUCAGGAAGAUAAAGUUACAUGUUUUUCUGUGAUGAGAUUUGAAUAUGUUAUUUACAGUAUGUCGGAGCUUAUGCCUUAGAAAAGAUAUGGCGCCCCCUGGUGCAGAAAGAGGAGGAUGUCCUUGCAGAGAAUCCAGAAUCCAAAAAUAUGUACUGUUCCAGGAAAUAUGGACUUAAACUGUGUGUGUGUGUGUGUGUGUGUGUGUGUGUGUUUCUUUUUCUACUUUGAAUAUCAUUGCGACAGGCAGCAUGAUUUCUCAACAAGGUUUUUGUUAAGGUUUGCUCCACUGGACUUAAGUUUUGUGCCUUGGCUGCUAUUUUUUUUUUUACACUAUUCUAUGACAAGCACUUGAUUUUAGUCUGUCUGUAUAAGUAGGAUUACCGUUACUGUACAAACACAGGCGCCAGGCUUUACUGUGACUGGCUCGAAUAUUUUGUUUAAAAUGUUGUCGAGGCUGGUAAUGCCCAGGCAAGCCAUGAGAAGUGUGCACACAGAUGGGCAUUAGUGAGGUGUGAGAUAUUUUAGAUAGCUCCGUUGUUUACAGCGGUCAUAUGCUUUUUGAAUGAGAUGAACUAAAGUCUUACUGUAAAAUAAAGAAUGGUUUAAUGGUUAUUGGACAACAUGAAAGUUAAUGAAAUGUUGUGAUAUGACUAGACCAUGCUCUGCUACUUUACUAAGAACCAGAGGUGGAUUUUUACAUGUAUUUAAACACAAUACACUCAUGUUUAUUACCUACAAAAAAGCUGGUAUUACAUUUUCAUAGGGCAGUAAGGGCAAGUUAGUCAGGUAAGCGUUUCCAGUUUCCACAGACUGCAUUUAACAAGAUUUUAUAUAAAAACAAGUAUGAUGGGAACAGAAGCAGGGUUAUGUCUGGCUCUGAACAGGAACUUCACAGCACUGAGGCCUGCAGCACAAGGUGUUAAAAGGGCUGGUCAUCUGAAAACACCCAUGACCCCCAAGACAAAAUACUGUUGUUUUUUUAUUAUUAUUAAACAUAGAUAUAAAUGAAAUGUCAUGUUUCCAUUAAAAUAACUUGUGACUGUUCCCUUUUGAGUGAGCUUUGUUGAUUGUGUGGCCACUUGAAAAAUUUUAAUAAAUGACUUACUUUGAAUAAAUAA